UCCACAUAAGCAUCCGCUCCCUCCCCAACCGAAACCCCCGUCCUUCCCCACUCGUCUCGAGCACGGCACAGCAAGCGCUGGUCGUCCCAAACCCACGCCCACACCGAUGCCGGUCGCGGAGUCGAGCAGCGGGAGCAGCCGCCGUGGCCGCGGGACCGAUGCACCCCCGUACGACCGCCUCGUCACCGUCUUCUCCUCCGAGGGCCGCCUCUAUCAAGUCGAUUACGCGUGGAACGCCGUGAGGCUGGCGGGCGUCACCUCCGUCGGCGUGCGCGGGGCCGACUCCGUCUGCGUCGUCGGCCAGCGGAAGGCACCAAAGGCGAAGGACAAGUUGCUGGAUGCGGCCAGCGUCUCGCGCCUGUUCCCGAUUACCGAGCGGAUGGGUUUGCUCACCGCGGGAAUCGCAGGUGAUGGAAGGUCAUUAGCUCAUGAGGCAAGGAAUCAAAGUGCAGAAUUUCGUUUCACAUGGGGAUAUGAAAUGCCUCCUGAUGUAUUGGCGCAGUGGAUUGCAGACAGAGCACAGAUUUGCACCCAGCAUGUUUCCAAGAGACCUUCCGGAGUUGUUGCUAUGAUCUUGGGUAUUGAUGAAGAGAAAGAAACUCCCCAGCUCUUUACAUGUGAUCCUGCUGGAUAUUUCUUAGGCCACAAGGCAGUGAGUGCUGGUCUCAAAGAGAUGGAAGCUACCAACUUUCUUGAGAAGAAAAUGAAGAACAAUCCUUCUUUAUCAUUUCAGGCAACCAUUGAGAUGGCAAUAUCUGCACUGCGACACGCCCUGCAGGGGGAUCUCAAAGCCACAGAGAUUGAGGUGGGAGUCGUCAGGAACGAUGAUCCAAUUUUCAGACUGCUGACAGAAGCUGAAAUCGAGGAGCACCUGAAAGCCAUUACCACGCUGAAGCAGAGCUGAAGACCGAACAGAACAGUUCGCUCUACCACCUUUCUUACUGAAUCUUUACAACUCGUGAAAUCGUAACUGGUAGCUGAUAACUGUACUUCAGAGGCGUUGCUGUGUAUGACAACGCAAAAGAGUGAAAUGUUCCCUAGUUUAUUCCGAUAUAAACCGAUGACGAGACCUCACAAAUGUCUACGAAGAAACUGCA